AUGUUUAUUUCAAGAGACAACAGAGCGGGCCUCCAUAAAAGAGAACACGUCUCCACGUUCAGCCGGCGUUAUGGGAUCCUCGCUUUAAAGGCUGCGUUCAGGAUCACUCUGCCAUUUGUCUCCGCACUCCCAGGAGAGUCAAGCAAACAAGAAAUACAUUUUGAGCACUGUGUGAUCCUUUUAAGCUUUAUGUGCGUGCGUCUCAGAGGGGGAGACAAGAGCCCAACAUCAGCUUUUAAACAAGAUCCUUCUGCCCGGCCGAGCUUUCGCAGGUUUGUUCCCAUGACCGCAAACACAGAGAGGGUCCUGCUGCUUUCAAUCGAGGACGUCACGACCAUGCACCACGGAGAGGAAUAG